UGCAGAGUUCUGUCCAUCGAGUGAGGAAGAGAGCAUUGGUUCCCCUGAGAUAGAAGAGAUGGCUUUCUUCAGCUCCCAGCCUCCGUACAUGAACCCAGUCAUCCCCUUUACUGGAGUAAUCCAAGGAGGGCUACAGGAGGGACUUCAGGUGACCCUCCAGGGGACUGUCCAGUCUUUUGCAAAUAGGAUUAUCGUGAACUUCCAGUCCGGCUUCAGUGGAAAUGACAUUGCCUUCCACUUCAAUCCCCGGUUUGAGGAAGGAGGGUAUGUGGUUUGCAACACCAAGCAGAAUGGACAGUGGGGGCCAGAGGAGAGGAAGAUGCAGAUGCCCUUCCAGAAGGGGAUGCCCUUUGAGCUCUGCUUCCUGGUACAGAGGUCAGAUUUCAAGGUGAUGGUGAACAAGAGCUUCUUUGUGCAGUACCAACACCGUGUCCCCUACCACCUCGUGGACACCAUCAAUGUCUCCGGCUGCGUACAGCUGUCCUUUAUCACCUUCCAGAACUCUGCAGCCCCUGUUCAGCCUGUCUUCUCCACAGUGCAGUUCUCUCAGCCAGUCCAGCUCCCACGGACCCCCAAGGGGCGCAAACAGCAAACUCAGGGCUUUCAUCCUGCCCACCAGGCACCCAUGGCGCAGACUAUCAUCCAUACAGUUCACAGCACCCCUGGACAGAUGUUCUCUACUCCUGGAAUCCCUCCUAUGGCAUACCCCACCCCAGCCUAUACUAUGCCUUACUUUACCAACAUCCUAAAUGGUCUUUACCCGUCCAAGUCCAUCAUCAUAUCAGGCAAUGUCUUGCCAGAUGCUAAGAGGUUCCAUAUCAACCUUCGCUCUGGGGGUGACAUUGCUUUCCACCUGAACCCCCGUUUCAAUGAGAAGGCUGUGGUCCGAAACACUCAGAUCAACAACUCCUGGGGGCCCGAAGAGCGAAGUCUGCCUGGGAGAAUGCCCUUCAGUCGUGGCCAGAGCUUCUCAGUGUGGAUCUUAUGUGAAGGUCACUGCUUCAAGGUGGCUGUGGAUGGUAAACACAUGUGUGAAUACUACCACCGCCUGAAGAACUUGCCAGCCAUCAACACUCUAGAAGUGGCGGGUGAUGUCCAGCUGACCCACGUGCAGACAUAGGCAAGGUCUCCGGCCUAGAGAUGAGAGCGGGGGCACCCUGUCUGUGUCUUGUCAUCUCUCCCCUGUCUCAGUCCUGGCUCCCCCCAAAUCCUACCAUCAAGAGAUAUCCUCACUGACAUGCAUUCCAGGAAGGUGAAAUUCCCAAUUGACACCACUCCACAAAGGGGGUGUCUUGGGCUGUGUGGCACAUAGCUGUCAGCCCACGGUCCCAGCAUCACUCCCAAGCCAGUUCUGUACUGAGGGAAGUGACCCUCCUGGGUUUGCCCCUUUCUCUGAUCUUUACUCCCUCUCUGGCCCUUUUCCUUCACCCCUCCUGCUCUUCACCCCUCCAGGAGGGCCACCCUGAUGUCAUCCCACCGGCCUCGAACUGACCCAGAAUGUCUGCAUUAAUUUUUCCCCAUUCUUGUCCAUUGUCCAUAAAAUAAAGAAAUACUAAUACUUGUCUACUCA